GUCCGUCACUCGCUCAGUGCAAUGUAGCCAGUCUUUCGAAAUGUCAUGUCAGUCAGCCAUGUUUAUUUCUAUGGAAUGUGUUUUGAAAUGGUGGUAGUGAUAAAAAACAACAUAAUAGUGGAAAUAUUUUCGUAAUUUUACUGGUUAUCAACUGUAGUGUUUUAGUGAAGCUUCAAUGUGUUUUUUUGUGUAAGUGUGGAUACUAUUGCCGUGAAAAUGAAUUGGGGUAUUGAGCUUUGGGAUCAGUAUGAUAACUUAGCCGCCCACACACAUAAAGGAAUUGAUUUUUUAGACAAAUACGGUAACUUCGUAAAGGAAAGAUGUGCAAUCGAAUUAGAAUAUGCAGGAAAACUCAGGAGGCUUGUAAAAAACUAUCAACCAAAAAGAAAAGAAGAAGAUGAAUAUCAGUAUACGGCGUGUAAAGCAUUUAAACAAUUACUUCAAGAACUAAACGAUUUCGCGGGACAAAGGGAAGUGGUCGCGGAAAAUCUACAGUCAAAUGUAGUUCGAGAGUUGCAUCUACUCGCCAAAGAACUGCGAGAAGAGAGGAAGCAACAUUUAAACGAAGGUGCGAAACAAAUGGGAGUUUUGAACUCAUCGAUAGGUUCGUUAGAACGAGCGAGGAGAUCGUACGAACGGGCUGCCAGGGAGUCCGAACGAGCACUGGAGACCUUCCAAAAGGCAGACGCCGACCUUAAUCUGAGUCGGGCAGAGGUAGAGAAACAGAAAGCGAAUAUGAAACUCCGGAGUCAAGCGUGUGAAGACGCUAAGCAGGAGUAUAUGGAUCAGCUGCGCAAGACCAAUGAUGCUCAGAGGCAACAUUAUGAACAACGGCUGCCACAUGUAUUUAAACAAUUACAGGAUUUAGACGAGAAAAGGAUAAAAAAUAUAAAGAACUUCAUGUUAAGUUCUGUCGAUGUUGAAAGGAAGGUGUUCCCCAUUAUUAUGCAGUGCCUCGACGGUAUGGAGACAGCUGCGAAUAGUAUUAAUGAAAAAGAGGACACAAAAUUAGUGAUAGACAGGUAUAAGUCAGGUUUCGUGCCGCCUGAAGAUUUCCAAUUCGAGGCCGCGUCCGGGGCUGAUACGACGGACUCUGCAACCACACACCACCACACACACAACCAUCUCACCGCGGCGCGGGGCACCGUCUCCGGGAACAAAAUCAAGAAGCGAGGAGGCCUUCUGUCCAUCUUCAGCUCCAAUAAGAAUAACAUGUCUAUGGAUGGAAAGGAGGAUUAUUCAGACUUGCCACCGAACCAGAAGAAAAAGAAACUUCAAGCAAAAGUUAUGGAGUUGAGUAAGCAGGUGGCUCAAGAGCAAGCGGCAAUGGAAGGCCUCAUGAAAAUGAAAGGAGUGUACGAGACGAGCCCUGCGCUUGGAGAUCCCAUGACUGUUGAAGGUCAACUAAACGAGUGUUGCGAUAAGUUGAAGAAGCUUCGCGCUCAGCUGAACAAGUUCGAGGAGUUGUUAGCUGAGGCCAACAGUCAGGUGGGCGCGCCGCCCCUACACCCCACCGCCAGGACUAAUGGACAGGCGCCCACGCAGGCCACCAGCAUCGGAUCAAACAGUGAAUCUCUAUCGCGGUCGGCUUCGGAGUCGUCGGUGAGCACGGGAACGGGUACAGGCGGGCCCGGGGCGCGCGCCGCCGGUGGCUCGCCGGAGUCGGGGCUUGGCGGCGAGCUCGCUGCCGUCCACCACGACCACCACGCCAACGGCGACCACGACCACGAUCCCGACAACGACCACGACAACGACCACGAGUCGGACUUUGAUUACUAUUACUGCGAGCCCGAUCUGCAACCCGUCGGAUACUGCAAAGCUUUGUACGCUUUUGAAGGUAUCGGCAGCGGGUCCACGAUGAAAAUGGAGUGUGGUGAGCGUCUGCUGGUUCUGGAGACGGACGCGGGCGACGGCUGGACGAGGGUACGUCGCCACCACACCAGGGAGGAGGGGUUCGUGCCCACCACAUACAUCGCCACCACGCUCUAUGCAGACGCUAAUGCGCACUAGCUGUGGUGCUGUCCCGGGCGCGGAAGGGCCGCGACGAGGUGACAGCCGGCCGGGCGUGGCGGAGCCGGUCAGCCUCCGCUCCCCGCCGCAUGCACGCGCUACCUUGAUAUGUUUUGUGGCCUAUAAUAUAGUAACGAGUAUUUUUGCUAUAAUUUAUCGUAUCGAAAACGUUCGCAUUAUUUUUUUAUCGUGUUCUUUCUAUUCCGAUUGUUAUCCUGGCGUAGGCCACCUUUGAACAAAAACGGAAACAUUCCAUGAUCUUAUUUAUUGUGUAUAUUGUUGGUUAUAUGGCAUACAUAUUUUCAUGUAUGGAGUAUACAGUAAUAGCGUAAUGUUAAUUGUAAUGUGGUGUAACUCAUCUAGAUCUUCAUUGUGCCAGCUGUUUACGUAAUAAGUUUAUAUUUCGUACUUAUGAUAGUUGUAAUCUUGCUUUUAUGUUAUUUGCCAUUGAGUAUUUGAAAUUAUAGCAAAAAUAGAUAAAGUUUAGGUGUUAUGAAAUGUGUAAAAUAUGUAAACUUAGACAUAACUUGAAAUGCUAUCGACAUAUUAUAAUGAUUUAUGAAUAACAUGUAAUAUGGAAUCCUGUGUCAACUAUCACAUGCGAUCUAUUGUAUAAUACUUACUUUAAUUGAAUUUUAUAUAGGAUAUUAUCUAAUAAAGCUAGCUAAAGUCACGAUUAGCCGAUGUUAUUUUCUGAAUAUACGCUUGUUUGCGGGAACGUAUAUAUAGUUCAUGUAUUUAUAUUUAGGUGAGAUGAUGUAUGAGUGAGGCAUACAAUUUUUCUACAAAUAUAAAAUUAUGUGACAAUUA